AUGUCGAAGCCUUUUGAUCCGGAGCAGGCCGAGAACCUGGAGGAUAUGGAAAAGCAGUUCGCAGUGAAAGCUGUCGAGCACCUCAUGACAUACUGGUCCAUUCUCGAGAAGGUCAAGGGCUCCCAGCUGCGCCUGACCAAGAUGGACGACGCGAUCUAUGUGCACUUCAUGACGGAGUUCCCCGACUUCAACCCCGCCUCCACUAUUAUCGAAGACGACAUGAAGAGCAAGGCCGGUAAGGAGAGGUGGCGCAACUUCGUCAACCAGUACGAGGAGACGAUCGAGGACUACAACUUCGGCACCAUCAUCCGCGCCCGCGCCGAUGAGGAGUACGAACAACACAACACAAUUUUCGGUGUGCGUAUGCAGUUCUACGCUGUUGAGAUCGCUCGCAACCGUGCCGGUCUGAACGACUGGAUCUACGAGAAGGCCCAGAAGGCCAGCUCCUGA